GUUUUCCCAGCUCCUCCCAAACCCCAGAAAUUGGAAAAAAGAAGAACGAAAGUAUGAGUAACACAAGCCUUGGUCUGUCCCUAAAUCCGUUAAUUCAGUUGAAAACCCCACCCAAAUUUCGCGCCAGAAAUUGCCGCACGAAUUUCUCAGCAGUCUCAGCUCGUCUUGACAAUUCCAAAAGCAGCUCAGCAGACCCACAACUCAAUCUCUCCGUCCUCCGCUUCACACUAGGUAUCUCUCUCUCUCUCUCUCUCUCUCAGAUUGAGAUUUUGAAUGAUGGGUUAUUGGACGGUGCAGGAAUACCUGGGCUUGACGAAUCCUACUUACCCAGAUGGAUUGGAUAUGGGUUUGGUUCGCUUUUGAUUUUGAACCAUUUUGCUGGUUCCAUUUCACCCGCCAGCACAACCCCAGCUCAGCUUAGAACAGAGGCUUUGGGUCUAUCUUUGGCUGCAUUUUCCAUAGCACUUCCCUAUCUGGGAAGAUUUCUCAAGGGUGCUACUCCAAUGGAUCAAACUAGCAUCCCACAAGGGUGUGAGCAAAUAUUUGUGAUAUCACAAAAUGUCUCAGAUACUCAGAAGGAGGACUUGGCUUGGGCUACGUACAUCUUGUUGCGGAAUACAAACACCAUAGCCGUGAUAAUAUCAAUUCGAAAUGAAUUAUGCGUGCGCGGCUACUGGAACAUACCAGAUGAUGUAUCAAAAACCAAUGUACUUGGUUGGUUUGAGAAACAGAUUGAAAGCAUUGGUCUUUCUGAUUUGAAGGAAACCCUAUACCUUUCUGAGAUUGAAGAUUCUGGACUUUGGGAGAUGCUACCACAGGGGACUCGUUCUCUCCUUGUACAACCAAUUGUGCAAGUUCUGCCCUCAAGUGACAAUGAGGUUCAAAAAAGUGAAGGAUUUGUCUUGUUGGCUUCAAGCAUGAGGUAUGCAUAUAGUGAUAAAGAUAAAGCCUGGAUCGGAGCUCUUGCAAACAAAUUUAAAGGUAAGCGAUAAAAGAUAGAGCCUGUAUAGGAGCUCUCACAAAAAACAAAUAGAAAACUAAAAAUAGAAGAAGAAGAAGAAACCCGGAGGUAAAAGCAUAUGUGCAGCUUUGUAAAGAAUUGAACUUUUUAUUAUAAGGCAGCUUUUUUGGCUCA